AUGGCUGACUCCAAGGAGCGGACGGCGGUGCCUUCAUGGGAUGGUGCUGCCCGGUCGUGGAGACGUUACACUCGUGAAGUAGCAUGGUGGGUACAGUCUGUGCCAGUGUACAAGCGCCGGUACUGCGGGGCUCAGCUGCUUGGCAGGCUGACCGGUCCCGCGAGAUUGCUGGCUAUGAGCUGGUCUACGCUUGUGCUGGACUCCAAGGAUGGUGUGCGAGUUCUCCUGACCCGUUUGGCGACUUCGCCAUUGGUCAGGAAGUCCCUCCCCAAUGCGGCGGCGAUUUGUCAACAGUAUUUCUCGUUCAAGAGGAACCAGAUGGAGACGAUAGGGAACUUUCUGGUCCGGGAAACGCUAGUUCACGAGGAGUUUGUGGAGGCAAUUAUCCGCCUGUACGAAGAAAAGGAGGGAGUGACCCAGGACCAGAGAGAUUUUGGUCUUCCGGAAGAUGAAGAAGAAUGGGGAGAAGGCGAGUGGAGCGGAUCGUGGAGCUGGUGGGACUAUGACGCGGACUACGAGUACGAGGACGAGGGUGGCGAAGACCAUCCUCCCGCUGAUUCAGGACCACCUGAGGCAGAUGGAUCGGGAGUACCUGUACCUCGUGAUGACGGAGAGGCCUCCCCUUCUGGAGCUGCCCCUGGCUCUUCGCCGAGCCACCGAUCGGCUCCUGGAGACACGCCCGCUCGCUCACCUUCGAGGAAAACCGCUGUGCCUCAGUCUUCCGCUGAGGUUCCCAAGCCAGUGGUCAACGAGCUGUCAGUCACCGAUUCCUUCAUCAUGGGAGUGCUUAGAGGCUGGCGGCUAUUGCAAGCUGCUGGACUUUCCGCCGAGGAGAAGAGGGAUAUCUUGUCGGCCACCAAGAACUCCUUGGAUUACGAGGUCAUAUCGGCUGCGUUACAGAACUUGUGGGAUGACCAGUUGCUGGGUCAUCGUGGACAUCAUGGUUCUAUGCACAUGAACGUGAUGGAAGGCAUGACGGAGGACCACACCUACCCGCAGUACGAUGGCUACUACCAGGAGCAAGAUGAUUGGUGGUGGCAGGAUCAGGGUUGGCAUGACAACUACUUCCUGGGUGACCACUCCUGGGAGGACUCUGAUGGCUGGGGCGGCGAUCCCCGUUCAUGGGAGCCCGAGGCCCUGCCUGCAGUGGCUGAGCCGCCUGACGACGAGGACCCCAAGCUGAAGGAGGCUCAGAAGGCAGAAGCCAUAGCCGAGAGUUUGGCAGUGGAGGCACAACGCACAUGGACGGAGGCGCAACGCGCUACACAGGCGUUGCGGAAGGAUCGAGGCUUCGGGGGUCCUACCAAGUGCUUCAACUGCGGAGGCAACCACAUGGUUCGAGACUGCCCUCAGAGACGCUUCUCCGGAGGCUUCAAGGGGAAAUCCUACGGCGGCAAGGGCGGCUACUUCAUGGAACCGGACGCCUACUACCACGACACCUGGGACUUGAACUACACGCAGAAAGGAAAAAGCAAGGGCAAGGGCAAAAAGGGCUACUGGACGGACAUGCACUUGCAGGCCAUGUGGAAGGGCAAGGGCAAGAGCAAGAACCCCAAAGGCAAGGAUCCUGGUCACAGGUCUGUCAAUGCCUAUGCUACGGACAUGUUCGUUGGUGGACUGGAGCUCACCGAUGUUCUUGAAGUCGCGGCUUCGGAAAUUCAGAAGCCUGUAUCCAAGCCUCAUGUCGGCAUGUUGGACAGUGGAGCUACAGCGUCUGCUGCUCCUGACGCCGUUGUUCAAGGAUUGAUUUCUACAAUCCUGUCUCACGAUCGCAACGCCAAGAUCGAACUGGACCAAGGAUUGAUGGUUGACUUUGCAAGUGGCCAUGCUAUGUUCACAAAUGACAACAGCCCUCAAAUCUUCAAGCUUGAUGUGAACCACAAGGGAGUUGUCUGGUUUGAUCUGAAUGCCAGUGACAGAGAUCUGAGUGAGCGUUCCGAAGCACAAGUCAGAGAUCGCAUGUGGCAGCUGUACAACCACUCCCGCGACAUGUCAGCAGCGAUCUCAGCUCAGAUGCGGUGCGGGCAAUCUGUGGACCCCGAGGUGGAGCAAAUCCUGGUGGCCUCCUUGAAGGCCAAGGCCACGUCCGCAAAGUCGAAGGCGAAGCCCCUCGACCGCUCCCGAGUGAUGAAGAUGGACGUGAGAGAUCCGAGGGCCAAGCAGAACCAAUGGCCUUGUAUGGGCCAACACACUCCCAGUGCUCCUCAGGCCAAUGCCCACGGGGAGUGGGUGGUAUGCUCAACGUGCAACAUCCGGUUGCUGUACACACCGAGGCAGGGCUCCAGCUCUCAGCACACCACGGUGGAGAACCCUGCGAUGAUCCUUCGCAUGCUGCGGGAGCUGCGACCACUUAUGGGCAACACCCUGCCGACAGCCCAGAUCUGCAGGCACAUGCUGGCAAAGAUCAAUGCCGAGGAGGUCCUCAAUCGCGCGAUCCGGGACGUGAAGAACAUGGCAUCAUCCUCGACUCCAGUGAUGGCGGGACACAACACCUCGCCGGCGACCACGACAGCAAGCUGGGAGGUGGCGGUGCCCGACGACGACGAGGUCGCCGGAGGAAGCGACAACCACAUCACGCACUACGUGGGCAAGAAGGUGAUGGCUAUGUCGGCGCUGAUGGUGGCGACGACCAUGGAGCUUCUCGUUGGACUUCAACUACAUGAACGAGAUGGGCUGUGGGAGAUCUCCGGUGCCCCGCAUAGCUGGCUAAGCACGGCAGCCGAGGAUCAUGGAUUAAGGCCCCGCAAGAUCAACUACACCACCGGCUAUGACUUGUACCAGCGGGAAACAUGGAGCCAACUACGAGAACUUCGACGACAACAUCGCCCUCGGCGUCUAUGGUUUAGUCUUCCGAGCUCUAAGUGGUCGGCUUGGUCCUCUGCCAACUACAACACAACCGAGAAGGCUGGAAAGUUGGAAAAUGGCAGGCGACGCGAGCGUCGACUACUGUGGGAAGCAAAUCAGUUCAUCAAGGAAGCGCUGGAAGAGGACAGUGAGGUCGAUGUGUACUUUGAAUGGCCCCAUCCGUCCGGUGGAUGGAAACAACAGGCCAUGAUCGACUUGCAAGAUCACAUGAGUGAACAAGGUGUUCCCUGGCUUCCUUGCCGUGUGGAUGGUUGCAACUACGGUUUGCGAGACUACGACAGCGGCCAGUUCAUCAAGAAGCCCUGGCUCAUUCGAACCACGGAUGAGUCCUUCCACCACCAGUUUCGAGCCAAGAUAUGUCCUGGAAAUCAUGGUGGACACUACGGCCGAGAAGGUCAUGAGAACGACGCCAAUGCCUACUACCCAUGGAAAUUGGUGGAGGCGAUCACUCGGCACUGGCAAGAACGGACAGCUCCACAUCGACAUGUUCGACUACUUCAACAACGUGAUGAACUACCACCGGGUGAUGGAUCAUCGGGCGAGGUACGCCUGAACCACGUGCUCGAGGAGCACGACGGAACCACCCCGACAGGGGAGGAUGAGGACUACAACAACGUGCAGAUGGUGGAGUCGAGCAGGCUCAGCAUGGAGGCAAUGUGCCGAGAAGCUCGCCUACGACAACGAUUUGACAUGAACACCUGCGAGAACAUCCUCCUGGAGUAUGCCAUGCAAAUGAAGCAGACCUACCUCGAGACGAAACCUCAUUCUCGAUGGCAACGGUCAUCCUUUCACAUCUUACUGGGAGCUUACUCCCACAGAGCCUUUUCUGGAGUUUCUCGAAACUCACUACGCUAUCCGGAACUGAACCACUACAUAAACUACUAUCUUCGACAUUGGCUACCGCAGCAGAGCUGGUCUAGCAUCUCCGUGUCCCUCAAUGGCAAGACCUGGCCUCACAAGGAUUACCACAACUGCAAGGGCACCGUCAAUGUGAUCCACGGUUUGGGUCCCUACGAGGAGGGUGGCAUCUGGCUACAAGGAGAACCUCCACCUGGUUACCCAACAGUUCGCCGGCAAUGCCCUGAUGGACACUUGAGAAAGGGGUAUGUGGUCUCUAUCAAACACGACUUUGUGAUGUUCUCCCCUGAAACCGUUCAUGCUACCCAGGCCUGGCGAGGACAACGACUCACAAUAACCGCAUACACUACCAGAUUGACUUCGUCAAUGACCAAAGAAGACCAGCAGAGUCUCAAGGCCCUGGGCUUUCCACUACCACAGCGAGUCGACGUGGACAAGGACUUUGUGAAAAUUCCGCGCAACAAUGAAGCCUUUCCUGCAGUGACCACCUCAUCGACUACCACGACCUCGGACAAACAACCUGUGGAAGGCGAGAUGUCUGAGCCAUCAGACCAGGAACGCGCCAAAUGGGAGGCUCAGAUUGCUAAGUUCCACAAGGCGGCAGGGCAUCCCACCAAUCGCAACUUGUCGAGAAUUGUGAAGGACGCUGGACAUCCGGAAUGGAAGGUACGUGCUGCACUACAACAUCAUUGUCCGGCAUGCCAGAGCUUGAAGCAAGGGGGCACCAGCUCUGGACAAAUACCUCCAGCGUCUACGCACUCCUUGUAUGGUGCAUGGGAAGCUGUUGGUGUGGACUCAGCUGAGUGGGUACCUCCGGGCAGCAAGAAGAAAGUGAAGUUUCUCCUCUUCAUGGACCUUACCACAAAGUUGAGAGUGGUCAAACCCCUCUUCACCUAUGACUUCCUGGAGAUGAGAUCCGAGUCUGGCGAGAACCUCAUCCAAGGGUUCACGGAAGGAUGGCUAAGCUGCUUUCCCAAGCCGAGGCUGCUGAUUCUGGAUGCUGCUAAAAGCUUUGUUUCGGACGCGGUUCACGAGUUUGCGAGCCAUGUGAACAUCCAAGUAUCUUACGUGGCUGAGAAGGAAGCUUGGUCACACGGUACACUGGAAGCUGGAGUCCAGGACAUCAAGAUGACAGCGUCGGCCAUUCACCUGGAAAACCUGGAUAUGGAACCUUCGCUUACCUUGACCUUAGCAGCUUCGUCACUCAACGCCACGGAGUACACUGGAGGCUUUUCAUCCUUUCAAUGGGCUUUUGGUCGUGAAUACUCAUUGACCGAUGAGGAUGUGCGAACCUUCGCGACCUCCGACUACCAAGGCGAGUUCGUGAAAUUGGUCCAGGCGAGAGCAAAGGCCGAGGAAGUGGCUAAGGCCACACGGGCCAAGCGUGUCCUGUCCAAGCUGGCCAACACGACUGUGCGACAACCUCUACGUGAAUUUGGUCCCAUGGAACUGGUGAAGGUGUGGCGCAAGGUAUGGCCUCAACAACAGUUCAAGGGACCUCGAGGAGGGUUUCGAAAAUCGGGCAGACCACACUGGAUAGGUCCUGGGCGAGUUGUCUUUCAUGAAGUAUUACCACAUCAGGAGGGUGACGACCAAAGACGUCACAUUGUUUGGGUCCUGAUUGGAUCUCAAAUGUUCAGGUGCUCAGUACAUUCAGUUCGUCCAGUGACAGAGACUGAGAAGUUUCAGUACGAGACGUCUGGCGAGGAUCGGUCGUCUACCUGGAAGACGCUCGCCGACAUUGUCCCCAACCGUGAGUACGUGGACCUGACCGAUCAGGAACCUGAGGAGACCGAGGUUGAGGUACCAAAUCUUCCUUGGUAUCCCGACAAAAGCACCAUGGUGCAGCCUACGCGUCGGGUGACCGGAAAGAAGGCGAUCGUGUCUCCUUAUCCUCCUGUGGAACCGACGACGCCCACAACUUCCAGACCAGCUGCGACCUCCUCACCAUCCGAAUCUACUCCUGGCGAGAGUGGAGCAACGACAGCUACCAGACCACUGGAGGAACCAGUCAAUGACUACGAGGACCCCGAGGCCAAGCGACCUCGGACCGAGCCUACAUGGGUGGACCAACUCUACAUGGAGGAGUCGGCGCCAAAGGACACCAUCGAUAUCUUCACAGCCUUCCAAGAGACCCUUGAAUUUCUGAAGGUUGAGUUUGAUCUACCACCACCAAGCUCGAACCGGCAGCGGAAGCUCUUGGAACGAAAUCCGGUGUUGUACAUGGUCAAGAAGAUGAAGGAUUCAGAAGUGGUGCUGUCACGUCUAAGUGAACGCGACAAGACCCUGUUCCACCGGGCGAAGAUGAAGGAAGUGGACUCCUUCAUUAAAAAUGAGGCCGUUCGGAAGUGCAUGGACGAUGCAGAACUUCGCCAAGCAGUUGAUUCUGGAAGGAUCGUCAAGGCGCGUUGGGUUUUGACGUGGAAGCUAGUACCUCCUGAGGAUCAACAGGAAGCCAUACAGGACAGUAAGACCAACGACAAGUCCGUCCACACACCCGACGGGACCAAGAAAGCUAAGGCGCGGAUCGUCUUACUUGGCUUCCAGCACCCGAGUCUUUUGGACCCGAGCUUCAAGACGGCUAGCCCGGUGCAAUCCAUGUUGGGUCGCAACUUGCUGUACGCCAUGGCUGCCGAUUCCCAAUGGGACCUGGAGGGCCUAGACUUAGCGACGGCUUUUCUGCAGACACAGCCCACGGAAGCGGACCAGGAGCUGUGGACCACUGGGGUUCAUGAACUUCGUGAAGCUCUUGGGCUGGAUGCUGACAGUGUGAUGCGGGUGUUACGCAACAUUUAUGGUUCGACUACUGCUCCGAGGGGACUGUGGCUCUCGCUUCACAAGACGCUCACUAACCUUGGUGCUCAAGCAGUGUUGGGCGAGAGAUGUUUGUGGAUUUGGCUCUCCAAAACCGUGAUGGACGGCGACCACCCAAAGACCAUCGGAGCCAUGGGAGGACAUGUGGACGAUUUUCAUCGGAUUGGCGACGGAUCUCCAGAGUGGCUGGAAAUCAGAGAACGCAUCAACUCUGCCUACAAAUGGGGAAUGACCAAAACAGGGUCAUACCGUCACGCCGGCACCGAUGUGUCGACUACCACUGACUCCAACGGCUACAAGAAGAUCGUUGUGGACCAAAGCUACUACAUCGAGGCACUCACGGACGUGGACAUCGAGCCGGAACGGUUAAUGUCAUCUUCGUCGCUCACACGUGCUGAUGUGGAGGCCUGCAGAGCUUCACUGGGAGCUCUUCAAUGGGUGGCUGUGCAGUCUCAACCGCAAGUUUGUGCUCGGUGCAAUUUGUUGUUGACCGACCUGGUUACCAAUGGCACCAUGGAGACGGCGAAAGAGAUUCAGCAGGUCAUAGCGGAGGUCCGACAGGAGCCCUUCUGCCUAACCUUCCAGAAGUUCCCCAAGGCCAAGCAUUGGAGUGAUGUGGUCUUCAUUUCGAUGGGAGACCAAGCUCAUGCCAACAGACCAAAGGGCGAUUCAACGGGUGGACUGGUGACUCUUCUGGCGGGACCAGAAAGUACGACUGGAAGCGUUUGCCCUAUGUCGCUGAUCGGCUGGCGAACAUGGAAGCUACAGCGAAAGGCCAUAAGCAGUAACGAUGCAGAGGUUCAGUCCAUCCUAGAGGCCGAGGACCACAACUUCAGAGCCCGUCUCCUGUGGUCAGAGCUACACGGUGCUGGUGGAUUGGAUGUUGACCGUCCCUUGCGAGUCAACAUGAUCAGCGUCCUGGAGAACCAGAUCGCCAAGAUCAAGGGCAUCCUUUGCACGGACAGCAAGGGUGGAUAUGAUGCUGUGGAGAUCAACGAGUCUCCACUGUUGGGCCUCUCGAAUAUGAGGGCGGCACUACAAGCUUUCCAGCUUCGCGGCAAUCUACGGCGUGCUGCUUGCGAGUUGAGAUGGCUGGCGAGCGACUUCGACUUAGCCGAUGCUCUGACCAAGAAGCGAGCUGACUGCCGGGAAGGACUUUUGAAGUUCUUAAGAACGGGAUACUGGUGCAUACGCUAUGAUCCCUCGUUCACUUCUGCCAAGAAGAGCAAGAAAGCCGGUAGAUCUGCGGUAGGAACUGUCCAAGAGUUUCUCCAAGCCCCUCAGACUGAGUCUGAUAUGAACCUGUCUGCUGCUGACUUCUUUUGGGGGUGGUGCAGCAGGAUUGAUCAGUUGCUGUUUGAGUCUUGA